GAGGUGCGAGGAUCCCCUCUUGUGGGGCUGCCUUGGCUGGAGGAAUUUAUGCUAAUUUCAGUGAUCACCGGAAACAGGAGUGCUUCUUUGCCACUUCAUCCACGGAGGCUGUGAUUCUCUGAUCCGAUUAAGUGAUUUCAUGACAUGUCAAGUGUCUCUUCGACCGCAAGAUUAGGUUUGCUUUGGCGCCUAACCUACGUUUGCCUUUCCUUUCUACUACCGGCAACAGAAUGAGUAAUGGGGAAGUUACCAUACCUAGUCCCAAUCUUGAGGAUAUUGCAGUUGACAACCUUUACCCUGCUCUGGUAGAAUGCUUUGCUGUCAUAAUUUGUGGCUAUGUGGCCGGGAGACUUGGAAUACUGCCACCGUCAGAAACGAAAGGGUUGAACACUUUUGUAGCCAAUUUUUCAUUACCAUGCCUUAUAUUUCGUUCAAUUGCAAAGUUGGAUCUGUCAUCUGUGAACUGGACAUUUCUACUUGCUAUUCUUGUUGCUAAAGCUGUUGUUUUUUUUGGGGUUGCUUUAAUAUCUUUAGUGGUGACUAGACCAAUCAACCUUCCAAAGGCAGGGUUGUUUGCCAUCUUUUGUACACAGAGCAAUGAUUUUGCUAUUGGAUAUCCUAUUUUGGUUGCCUUGUACCAGAAUACGCACCCUGCGUAUCCAAGUUACUUGUACCUCAUGGCACCCAUAUCUUUAGUAAUCCUUAACCCGUUGGGUUUUAUUUUAAUGGAGAUGGGUCGUCCUGAAUCUGCUCUCAGUACAUCAAGUGCUACUGAUGCUCCAGAAAUGAGGGCUUCUGGAACAGGCGGGAACCGUGAAAAGAUACGAAUGAUAUGGCAAGUCAUCAAGGGAAUAAUUUCUAAUCCCGUGGUAUUUAUGACUGCUCUUGGCAUUGUCGGAAAUCUAGUGUUUGAUCAUGAGCUCCCUACCUUCCUUGAUGGAAUUUUAAAAGUAUUUGGAAAUGCAUUCUCUGCCACUGCACUUUUUCUUCUUGGUUCUCGUAUGGUGGGAACUGUUCAAAAACUUCAAGGGGCUGCCUUGAUUGUACCAGCUCUGCUUAUUGCUGUGAAGUUAUUGGCUCUUCCACUUAUAACCCGAGAAGUUGUGUCUGUGAUUCAUGCUGGUGCAAAUGAAAGUGAUACAGAAGAUCUCAGCACCUAUGGAUUUCUGUAUGGAACAUUCCCUUCAGCUCCUGGAGUUUUUGUGUUUGCUACUCAGUAUGGUGUCGAAGUGGAAUUAAUAGCAAGUGCAAUGGUUGUUUGUACUUUUGUGUCAGCACCUUUAAUGUUUGUAUCUGCUAAGAUGAUUUCACUUUCAUCUUUGCUGCCACCUGAUUAUGUGAAACAACUAAAUAAUUUUGCUUUUGACAUAGCAAUUGCAAGUGGUAUAGCUAGUGUGUGGCUUUUAGCAACUUUUAUCUUUUGCUCUAAAAUCAAGAGAAUACCACAUCGUAUGACUGUUUGCCUUAUAACAUCUCAGCUUAUAGCUAGCAUUGGAGUUAUAUUAAGCCAGUCUAUGAGCUCUGAUAAAAUAUGGCAUUUACGGUUUUAUUUUGCGGUGUAUACUAUUGGUGAUCUUAGCUCACGCCUGUGGUCUGCAUUUAUUGCCAUUGGAUUGUUGUUACUUCAGUCGCGGAGUCUAUGUUUAGUUAUGCGACUUCAGCUGAUUUUCAUUUUGCUAGCCUGGGGCAUACCUACUCUUAUCGUCUUGGUUCUACUGUUGGUGGCUGACCCAGUUGAUCCAUCGUCAGUCGGUCCACCUGACUUCAGUUCUCUUUAUGGUGACCUUCAGACUUCAGUUACACUGGCAGUUCUCUUCAUUUCUUUUAUGAGUAUUGUUUUUUGUUUGGCAUAUCAUCAACGCUAUCAGCGUCGAUUUGCUCGGUAUCUUCUUCUUGUUCAAGAUGUUAAUGACAAUCAGGAUUCUACCAGCAGCGCUGUGAACACGGAAAGAUUUUCACCUGCAGGCCCAGACAAUAGUAUUAACAGCAGCAAUCAAGUUGUUGAUAUAGAGGAUAUUAGCACAGAACAUGGACGAAUACUUCAAAAUGUUGGGGGCAGCACCUCUCGGUUGCCUCCCUGCCCAGGCGACUUAUGUCCGUCAAGAUUUGAGUGUAGUGCUGUUCGUAGAGCUGACUGCAACAGACUGAUUCAAGAUUAUCACAAACAAUUAGCAGAAGAAGAAGAAGAUAGACAGGUACAACGCCAUCAAGUAGCCCUAAUGAUGAUGUGUUGUUCAAUGUUUUUGGGUAUGGCAGUGUGUACCUGGCGUUUAGUUAUGGACAAUUUGACAGGAAUAUAUGUGGAGUUGGCUUUCCUAGACGUUGCUUUAAAUCAGGGGCAGGGUCUUCUACUUCUAGCUGUUUUUGGUCUCCAUUCAAAAGCCAUGAUUUUGCCUCUAGUCAACUUGUGCCGAGAAAUGUGGGUAAAUGAAGAUCAAGAGAUUCCAUUACCCGCCUGGGACCAGUUAGAUUUCGAAACUCGUCAUGUGUGUGAUCAGUUCAUAACCCACCAUAUAGAAACUUGCCGAGCAACAAUUGCCAAAGAUAAAAGGUGGUUUUUCCGUACAUAUGCAUCAUGUUUUAAGGCCUCAGAACUAAUUGAUUGGCUGGUCAACAUGGAAGUUGUGAGGACACGUGAAGAAGGCAUAGCAUACUGUUGUCAUUUAGUUCAAGGACGAGUAAUUCGAAAUUUUGGAAAUGUAAAUAAUUUCCAAGAUACUCCUGUACUCUAUACAUUUCUACCAUCAACUUCUAAUAAUGUUCCUUUUGAUGGGUCAGAUAGUUUUUAACUUCUUACAAUAUAAGGGACCAAGGAAAAAAGAGCCUAUUCUUCAAGCAUAGUAUUUUGCCAAAGAUUUAAAGUCUACUUGCUUGGUUUCAUGUGUGAUAUGUCCAAAGCUGUUUUAGUUUAUGUAAAUUAUAUCCAUUGAAUCCUAAAAAAUAGUUUUAUCUUGAAUUCUGAACUUUAUUUUUGUUGUUCAGAAAUUGUUUGUGUCUCAAGGUCUGAUCUAAUGUUGGAAGAAUCCUUAAGUUUCUUAAUACAUUCAAGUUAUAUUUGGUGUGAAUGAAUUGUAAAGAAAAAAUACUUAAGAGUUUGUUAAGUGAAAAGUUGAUCAAAAAUUUUAUCAUGAUCAUCAAGAUAAAUUUGUGUCUAUUUGCUCAAAUUACUUUCUCUUCAGUAUUACUUCUCUUACAAAUACUGUGUUGUGUCUUAAUCUUAUUUUUGAUUCCCUUUAAAAUCUGUUCUAUCAUUGUAUGUUGUGUUUUCUCAUCUGAUAAUUUUAAUGCUCCUAUCUGUAUUUUGUAUGAAGCAUUAUUUUUUCUCAUGUCUGCCUUCUCUCUCAUUUUCUGCUCUUUUGUAAUUAUUUUAAGGAUGGCUUUGGUAGUGAAAAAUUACCCUCCAGGCUUGUUCACUUUAAGCCUUUUUAUUGAACUCUACAUGUUCUACCAACUGCAACCUGUGCUGUGCAAGUAGUUUUGUUCUAUACACAAUAGUGUAUGUGUGUGAACAUUUGUUUUACCUAGUUUUAAUUGGUCGACUGUGAUUUAAUUCCAUUGAAACAAAGAGAUAGGAUGUUAUUUUUAAUGCUACUGCAUUAGUUUUACCACUUGUUCAGUUUUUGCACUGUUUCUUUUAUAAAUUAUAUGUCCGUACUUAAAGCUGCUUCUUUUGCUUUUUUCAUAUUUUAGUUUGAACAAAAUAUUAACUUAGACAAAUUUAAUUUGGAUCUCUCUUAUGAUAGUUCAUAUAAUUUAUCAUGAAAUAUGCCUCAGGCUUUCAUCCGCAGCUAGAAAGAAUAAAUUAUCUAAAUAAUUCCCAAA